AUGACCGCAGGCAUAGUCAAGGGCCGCCUGGAGCUUGGAGACUUUAGCUCCAGUCUUCGCGAUGCACCAACUACCAUUUGUUUCCGAAGUUGCCUUGGUGAUACGGUAGAAGACCUGAGGCUGGAUCGUAUGAUGGAGCAGCUAACACAGCAGGUGGCUGCACUUAUGGAAAAUCAGAAUCGGAGAAACCCUAAUUCAAAUUCUAACAUUGAUCGAGAGGAAACUGAAGCGGGGUCGGAAAGGGAGAAUUUUUUCGCUGAUGUUCCACGAAGACGGCAAAGGGACCCAAUCGAGGAAGACAGGCAGCGAUGGGAGACAGGCAUUCGGACCGAUAUUCCCGAAUUCCAAGGGGGUUUGCAGCCAGAAGAGUUUCUAGAUUGGCUGGCAACGGUAGAAGAGGUUUUGGAGUUCAAAGGGGUACCUGAGACCAAGCGGAGGAUCAUGUACCAAUGCCUGCAGAACUUGAGGCAGGGGAGUAGGUCGGUGGAUGAUUACACCAAUGAGUUCUACCAGUUGGUUGCUCGUAACGAGCUUAAGGAAACCGAGGAUCAGCUGGUGGCGAGAUAUAUUGGUGGACUGAGAGUGCAGUUACAGGACACGGUUAAUUUGUUCGACCCUAUUAACGUGUCUUCCGCCCAUCAGAGGGCCCUGAUUAUCGAGAGACAGAGACAGCAGAAGCGAGCGAGCAGCGGGGCGUUCGGUGAAGGUGUUGCCGUUGCAGGAACCAAUGGGGCCGUCCGAGCUGGCGGUAGUAGUGUUGUCCCUGGACGUCCGAUGAGGCCUGCCAACAUUGGGCCGAGCAGUAGCGGGGCGAAGUGCUUCAAGUUUUAUGUAGCUGGAGGCGAUGGAGAGGUCGAGUUUGACGAGGAGGAGGAAGAAAUUGUGACUGGAGACGAAGUGCCCAAUCUGGUGGUUAGAAGGUCUUACUGGGGCAGCUGUGAGAACAUCGUAUUUGCUGAGGUUGUGCAGAAAUUGAGCCUAAGAAGUGAGCCACAUCCUAAACCAUAUAAGCUGGCAUGGCUGAAGAAAGGAGGUGAAGAUGUCUUUUCUGAGGAGCUGCCAAAUGGUCUACCACCCUUGCGGGACAUCCAGCAUCAUAUCGACUUGCAGCCUGGUGCGGCCCUUCCAAACAGACCACACUACAGGAUGAGCCCAGCUGAACAUGAAGAGUUAAGGAGACAGGUGGAGGAGCUAAUAUCGAAAGGGUUUAUUCGGGAGAAUAUGAGCCCGUGUGCUGUCCCGGCACUUUUAGUGCCUAAGAAAGAUGGAUCAUGGCGUAUGUGUGUAGACAGCCGAGCCAUGAACAAGAUAACGGUCAGGUAUCGUUUUCCCAUUCCUCACUUAGAUGAUUUGCUUGACCAGCUGAGUGGCGCCAUAAUUUUUACGAAGCUAGACUUGAAGAGUGGAUAUCACCAGAUUCGGAUUCGUCUUGGGGAUGAAUGUAAGUUUUAG